AUGUCUGACCGGGGCACCUCUUUCACUUUGCAGCUCUGGACAUCCCUGGGGCAGCUAUUGGGCACCUCCAUCCAUCACACCACGGCCUACAACCCGGAAGCUAAAGGCAUGGUAGAGCGUUUCCACAGAACCCUGAAAGCUGCCUUGAUGUCUCGAUGUAGCAACUCAAUGUGGUUUUCACAACUUCUCUGGGUCCUUCUCGGCCUUCGAACGAUUCCAAUGGAAAGGCUGGACGUCUUCCCCGCAGAGAUGGUUUUCGGCGGCCCCCUCGUAGUUCCCGGUGUAUUCUUCCCCAAUGCUCCAUCCAGCGACAACAUCGCCAGACUACGACGCAUCGUCGGGAAGUUCGCCCUCUGCACACAGACCAACAGGCCACCUGAACACCGUUACGUCCCCAAAGAUCUACGCACGACGAAGUAUGUUUUCCUCCACACCGACGCCCACACGCCUCCCCUCACCCCUCCCUACUCUGGCCCAUAUGAAGUCAUUGAGAAGAUGGAGAAGGCAUUCCUGCUGCGGAUCAAAGGCGCCAACGGUUGGAUCUCGAUAGAUCGCUUAAAACCAGCGUAUCUUCAGGACGACGACCCCCCUCCAGUACGAUUCUCCUGGGCGAGCCGCCCCCUCUCACAUACCAUGGGGUAUCUUCGCUGA